AUGUCGUUCAAUCGCCGUGGUCGAGAAUCUUCAGAAACAGAUAUAAAUAUAUUAUUAUUAGGUGAAACUGGUGUUGGUAAAACAACAUUUGUUAAUGCAUUUGUUAAUUGUCUUUUUUAUGACACACUUGAUGAUGCAUUAAAAAGUGAAUUACAAGUUUUAAUCCCAUCUGCAUUUACAGUAACAGACAGUGAAACAUUUGAAAGUACAAAAAUUCUUGUUGGAACUCCAAAUGAUAAUGAAAAUUGUGAAACUGAUGGACAAUCAUCAACUCAAUUAUGUCGAAGUUAUAUAUUUCCAAUAGGAAAUCGGUCAAUACGUUUAAUUGAUGGACCAGGUGUUGGUGAUACUCGAGGUGUUGAUCAUGAGGCAAGAAAUUUUGAACAUAUUCUUAGUUAUAUAAGUAAUUAUGAACAUUUAAAUGGAAUUUGUAUUUUAUUUAAACCAGAGGUAACACGAUUAGAUAUUUAUUUUCGUUAUUGUAUUAAAGAAUUAUUAAGACAUUUACAUGUUAAUGCAAAAGAUAAUAUUAUGUUUGUAUUUACAAAUUCACGAGCAACAUUUUAUCGACCAGGUCAAACAACAUCAUUAUUAAAAGUUCUUCUCGGAGAACUUCAUGCAAAAACUGGUGUGGAAGUUCCGUUUGAUAUAAAAAAUACAUUUAUGUUUGAUAAUGAAUCAUUUCGUUUUUUAGCUGUUUGUAAACAAGGAUUAAAUUUUUUAAUGAAAGAGAAACAAAAUUAUAGUGAAAGUUGGAAUAAAUCUGUUGAAGAAUUUUCUCGUCUUAUUAUUCGUAUUCUUCAAUGUGAUCUUCAUGCUGUUAAAGAUAUGCAAUCAUUAAAUGAGGCUCAAUUAUUAAUACAUAAAUUAUCUCGACCAGUAGCUGAAAUUGUUACACUUAUUCAAGAAAAUAUUUUAUUAGCUAAACAAUACAAAGAAAAACUUUUAAAUAAUUCANGGGGGGGGGGGGGGGGGGGGGGGGGGGGGGGGGGGGGGGGGGGGGGGGGGGGGGGGGGGGGGGGGGGGGGGGGGGGGGGGGGGGGGGGGGGGGGGGGGGGGGGGGGGGGGGGGGGGGGGGGGGGGGGGGGGGGGGGGGGGGGGGGGCUCAAUCAUGUAUGAUCAUGUGCUAUAUUAUGUAUAUGAAUGAAUGCACAGAAGCAUAUUUAUUUUGUGAUGCAUACCUAGGCAAUACAAUCCUUUCGUUUCUUGCAUACAACAACGUUGAUAAUCACACUCUUAUUCUAGUCAUCAAACACAUGGUUUUGCAUGAAUACAAUGACCAAGGAUAUUCCUUUUGAAGGUGUAGCCUCUGCAGAACACUUUUCUCCUCAUCUGCAUUUAGCAGAUUUUUCUAUCGUCAAAUGGUACCACUAAACUUGUGUCAUAUUAUAUUCAUGGUGAGGAAAACGUUCCUAAGUUCUUCAUGAAAUGAGUAGAACUAACUUUGCUUAAUUUUAAAAAAUUAGUUAUAUAUUGCAAACUGCCUGCUAUAUCAAUCUAGAUGACGGAACUUCUGUUUGAUAACUUGAAACAUGAUUGUUCUUUAACCAGUGAUAAAUUGAGAACAAUUUAGUUGAAAUAUUGUCAAUCUAUCUAUAGUAUAAGGGAAUGAUUAUAGGAAAUUGGUGAAUUCUAUUUUUAAUAUUUCAAGGAUAUCAUUCACAACUAAGUUAUGAAUCACUUGGAAAAAAUUUUCCUGGAAUAUAUGAAAAAUUAUGAAUACUCCGAACAGUAUAGUAUCUUAUUUCUUUUGUGCUUCACAACUCUUCUUUUAUUAUGUAGCCUUUGAGAAUAUAUAUAUCGAUAAACGGUGGAACAACUUUUUGAUAAAAUUAACAGAGCACUAUAUUUUCAAUCUUCAGACAUGUGCUUUUACUGAACACAACUAAUUAGCAGAGUUAUGGGCUUUUGUAAUAAAGAUUAUGAACGUUUAUACCAUUGAUGAUACCCAUUAUCAUCGUGUUCUAAUUGUUGAUUUUUAUUAAUUUGUUUAAGAUUUGUUGAUGUUGAAUUGAUUGGUUGAAAACUGAGUAAUUGACUAAUAUCCUCAAGAAAAUAUGCUCGAACAUUUGUUGUUCUUCUUUUGACUUUUAUUAUCGAAAAAAUCCGAAAAAAUACUGAUGGAAUGAAGCUAUACAUCGAGGACUGCUAAACACAAAAAAAUAAAUAAAUCAUUUUCUAUGUUAAAUAUUUUAGUAUAUUAUGGGGUAACAUAUUUUUCUAUCAAAAUAAGUAGAAGCUUAGAAACAUUUGCGCUAUUUUUGGUCAUAUUCUUUAUAUUCCUUUAAGAUAUCAAUGUUAUUCUGCUUAUAGACUGAUAGGCAAAAAAUUUAAACAAUGAUAAUGAUUUAGAUUUGACUUGCAGAUUAUUACGGAGCGUGAAUGUAGAUCCUACCUAUACCAAAUAAAAUUGACACUGACCAAUGAGUGGGCAAACUCUGAAUUUAGUCGGACGCUGAAAUUCAAGCUGAGACCAGUAAUUCAAUUGCAGCUGAAACAAAGAUGAGUACCUGUCCGUGAAAAGCUUCGGAAUGGAUGCAGAACCAGGAGUGAAAUCUGAAUGGGUCACAGAACCGACUCUGAAACCUGGACGAGAAGUGAGGCCUGACAGAGUUCGUGUUAAAAACAGCCAACGCGAUAGACCUUGGGAUUAAGUCUGAACUCAAUAAUGUAGCCGAUUAUGCGACAUGGAUUGUGAAUCGCGUCUGAAGCUGAAUGUCCACUGAGAUUGGUAGCAGUAUGACGACUUGAAGCGCAAAAUAAAUGAGAACCAUGACGGGAAUAGCAAUCAGAACCGAAACGAAGAUAUACGCGGCAAUAGGGAUGGAAACAUGAACGAAUAUGGUGGCCGAGACAUAUAUUGAAACUGAGAUCCGAAUCGAUGCUGCGACCGAGAACGAUUCUAGAAGAGAACUAAUAUUGGUACCGAUGCCGGAAAUGCAUCCUGAUCUCGAUCUUUGACGAGAUACAUGGUCACGGACACGAAACACUUCUGGAAGUCAUGUCAAAAACUAAUAUCUUCUCGCAUAUGUGAAAGGGACAUCUGAAGCUUGCUUCAACCAGAAUCAUGGUAUUGAGCAGUAUAUUAUUGCUUGUGAAAUGCUAAUAUUUUGUUGAUACUGUGCAACGAUGGCAAAAGAACAAGUGGUGUUAUAGUCCAUAAUUUUUCUGCCUUCAAUUCACGUCAUUUUGCAUCCUUCAAGCUAUUCGAACGAUGAGUAAUAGAACGAGCAAAAUAACGACGAUGUUUUUAUGGGGGAAAACGAUGUCUGUCAUUGAUAAAUCAUAGUGGAUACAGAACAAGCAAAAAGACGAUAGUACUUGUAUGAAAUAAACAAGGUAUCUCAUUAAUAUUUGAUCAUUAGUUAUUUCACGGAUACGAAUGAAGGCACACAAGCAAAACUUAUUUUAGUCAUGUAUAUAUAAGCAAUGUCUUGUUUUUAUUUCUAGUAUACAAUAACGUCAGUAUAUUAGUGUUAUUCUGGUCGUCAACACACAAGAUUUCGUAUAAUACAGAGAGCAAAUGUAAGUGUUUUGCAAUUGCAUUUUCUUUAGAGGGUGUCUUUUACCUUCACUUACAUAGUAUCACUAAGCUUAUAUUAUAUUUUUUUCGUAUCAUAAUAAUAAGUUUCCUGCUGGCGAAACUGUUCCGAAAUACUGUGUGAAAUGAAUAGUAAAUAUUAACUACUGUAAAGCCAUGCUUGUCUCAAAACGUCUAUAGCAGGAGUUGUUAAUGAACUUUGUGAGGUCCCACGUAGAAAAAGGAUAGUUCAACC